ACUGUUGCACUAUGACCAUUUCCGUGUUUUACGGACACGUAGCGUAACUGCAUCAUUUGGACUGCUAUUGACCAGCGCACUUGACCAAAUAAUUGAAACGCAACAAUGUCGGCUUCAGUCUUAUCAGUUAUUUCUCGGUUUCUUGAAGAAUAUACCUCGACGACGCCCAAUAAAUUGAAAGUGGUGGAUGCAUAUUUGUUGUACAUCAUGCUGACGGGAGCGCUGCAGUUUCUUUACUGUCUGCUCGUUGGAACAUUCCCCUUCAACAGUUUUCUUUCUGGCUUCAUCUCAUGCGUUGGCUCUUUCAUUCUCGCAGUGUGUCUUCGUAUCCAGAUCAACCCUCACAACAAAGGAGACUUCUUGUCCAUCUCACCAGAGAGAGCCUUUGCUGACUUUCUGUUUGCCCACACUGUUCUGCAUCUCGUUGUCAUGAACUUCAUUGGCUGAACAUUUUUCUAUGACUGCCAGUAUCACCUUGGUGGAAGAUGCAUACGAGAAGAAGAUGGAGAAGAAUAAUCUCGACAAGUCCACAUCUGCUUUUGUACAUCUUCGUGGGAAAAUUGCAUCGAUGAAUGUCACAAUUUCUUACAGAUGAUGGUUGACUUCUUUUUUUUACGUUUGAAUUUGUUAUCAUUACCUUGCACUGAGGCAUAGAAAUAAAAUUUAAAGAAAAUGACAACUUUGAAA